UAAUUCCUUCUUGCUCUCGCUCUGGCCCAUAUACCCUCGCCAAUCCGACCGUUGAUCUACGUGAUCUAUCAUCUUGAUUUAUCAUUGCUCUACAGUUAAGCAAUUGUGUGGAAAUCAAAAGUAGUCCAUUAAGAACGAUAGAGAAGCGCUGCACACAGCGCUCAAGCAGGUACAUGUAGUAGUAAGCACUUCGCAGCCCUUUGAGAACGCCGAAACCAGUUUUGGGCGGGAUUCGAAAACCUCAUUAUUCUCCGAAGACGUUCUCUGCUUUUGCUUCCAUUCAAGAUCAGGGUUCAGUUAGAGUGGUUUACAUUUCUCUAGUAUGGCGGUGGAGAAAAUUUUUAAAGAUGAAGCAAGUGAAGAGAAAGGAGAGCGUGCCAGAAUGGCAUCCUUUGUUGGUGCAAUGGCAAUUGCUGACUUGGUCAAGACAACCUUGGGGCCAAAGGGAAUGGAUAAGAUUUUACAAUCAACAGGAAGAGGACGUGCAGUUACGGUUACAAAUGAUGGUGCCACCAUUCUGAAGUCUCUCCACAUUGAUAAUCCUGCUGCUAAAGUUCUUGUUGACAUUUCAAAAGUUCAAGAUGAUGAAGUUGGUGAUGGUACAACUUCUGUUGUUGUUUUGGCUGGUGAGCUUUUAAGGGAGGCUGAAAAGUUGGUUGCCUCGAAGAUUCACCCAAUGACUAUCAUAUCAGGUUUUCGUAUGGCUGCUGAAUGUGCUCGUAAUGCUUUGCUGCAGAAGGUUGUUGAUAACGGAGCUGAUUCAGAGAAAUUCAAAUCAGACUUGAUGAAAAUUGCAAGGACCACUUUGAGUUCCAAAAUUCUCUCACAAGAUAAGGAACACUUUGCCAAACUUGCGGUGGAUGCCGUAAUGAGAUUAAAGGGAAGCACCAACCUAGAGUCGAUCCAGAUUAUAAAGAAGCCUGGGGGAUCCUUAAAGGAUUCAUUUCUUGAUGAAGGGUUUAUUCUUGACAAGAAAAUAGGUAUUGGACAACCCAAACGCAUAGAGAAUGCAAAAAUUUUGGUGGCAAAUACUGCAAUGGACACAGACAAAGUAAAGAUUUAUGGGGCACGUGUACGUGUUGAUUCAAUGUCUAGGGUUGCUGAAAUUGAAGGGGCUGAGAAGGAAAAAAUGAGAGAAAAAGUGCAGAAGAUUAUAGCUCAUGGGAUAAACUGCUUCGUUAACAGGCAGUUGAUCUACAAUUUCCCAGAAGAACUCUUUGCAGAUGCUGGAAUACUUGCAAUUGAACAUGCUGAUUUUGAUGGCAUUGAGCGUUUGGCCUUGGUCACUGGUGGUGAAAUUGCAUCAACUUUUGAUAAUCCAGAGUCAGUCAAGCUUGGGCAUUGCAAGCUCAUUGAGGAAAUCAUGAUUGGUGAGGACAAAUUGAUCCAUUUCUCUGGUGUUGAAAUGGGUCAGGCAUGUACAAUAGUAUUGAGAGGUGCCAGCCAUCACGUGCUUGAUGAGGCUGAGAGGUCUCUACAUGAUGCCUUGUGUGUGCUGUCUCAGACAGUGAAUGACAGUAGGGUUUUACUUGGAGGUGGAUGGCCUGAGAUGGUUAUGGCAAAGGAAGUGGAUGAGCUGGCCAGGAAGACUCCUGGGAAAAAGUCUCAUGCAAUUGAAGCUUUCUCGCGUGCGCUUUUGGCUAUUCCAACUAUCAUUGCUGAUAAUGCUGGUUUGGACAGUGCUGAGUUGAUUGCUCAGCUCCGUGCCGAGCAUCACAAAGAAGGAUGCACUGCUGGGAUUGAUGUCCUUUCUGGAUCUGUUGGGGACAUGGCCGAGCUGGGGAUAUCAGAAGCCUUUAAGGUUAAGCAGGCUGUGUUGCUCUCUGCAACAGAGGCGGCCGAAAUGAUUCUUAGAGUUGAUGAAAUCAUUACAUGCGCACCCAGGAGGAGAGAAGAUAGAAUGUAGAACAUUGAGUUGAUCGUUUUUGAGUUGUAAUGUCUUGUCUUUUCUCGUGACCAAGUGCUGUGUGGGAUUAAGAUUGUGGAGAACUGGGUUGCCACAUGGUUGGAUUGUGAUACUGAGGAAUUUGUUGUUUUGGCUUGUUUCAAUUUUGUUUUGGGAAAAAAAAAAAAAAGGGUAGGCAGGCGCAUUUACUAUUUCUGCUUUGAGAGCUGUUAGGCUUGCGUUAUCGUCGUAGAUUAACCCUCGUGUUCUGAGGGUGCUUAUGGAAUGGCGGUGCUUCUUGGCAAUUUUAAUUGAAUUGUACUGCAGCAUUAUCAAAUCCUGGUGAAUUUAAUUACCAAAAAAAAAAAAAAAAAUCCUGUUAAAUUUAUGCUUUA